AUGAUAGAAUUCUUAAGUCUAAGUAAUGUGUCGUUAUGGAGUUCUCGUGAUCCAAGAUGGGGAAGAAUUGCGGAAGGUUCGGGUGAAGAUGCGUAUCUAGGAUCACAAAUAGCCAAAGUAAUGGUCAAAGGUUAUCAAGGAAAUGAUUUGGCAAAAAAUAACACCAUUAUGGCUUGUGUGAAACAUUUUGCACUGUACGGUGCCGUUGAAGGUGGACGUGAAUAUAAUACCGUUGAUAUGAGUCGUAUACGCAUGUACCAGGACUAUUUACCGCCGUAUCACGCAGCUGUCGAUGCGGGAGUUGG